AUGCCUCUUCCGCCAACACCAAGGGACCGCAAGGACUUCAGUGUCGCGAUCAUAUGUGCUCUAGAGGUGGAAUCUGACGCGGUGGAGCUCCUUUUUGACCACAUAUGGGAUGCAAAUGGUGAUCGAUACGGUAAAGCGGCUCACGACCCAUAUUCCUAUCGAACAGGCGUGAUCGGCAAUCAUAAUGUCGUGUUGGCCUACAUGACGGGCAUGGGAAAGGUCCAAGCAGCAAGUGUCGCGAAGAGCUGCCGUUGGAGCUUUCCAGGCGUCCGGCUUGCCCUGAUUGUUGGCGUUUGUGGAGGGGUGCCAGGAGGCAUCGAAGGAGGAGUAUUCCUUGGUGAUAUUGUGAUCAGUGAUGAGAUCUUGCCGUACGAUUUCGGAAAAAGGUACCCUGGGACAUUCCAAUGCAGAGAAGUGACGUCUCGCUCCAAUGGGGACAACGAAGUACAAGCCUUCUUGCGCAAACUUAGAAGCCCAAAGGGACGCGAGCAUCUACUCAGCAGGACAGCCCAUCACUUAGAUGUCCUCCGAGCGGGAGCUGGCGAGUAUUCUUGUCCCCCCAGGCAAUCUGAUCAGCUUUUCGAACCAAACUACCACCACAAGCAUCACGGUACCUCGAAAUGCAAAACAUGUAACGAAGGCAAGGCUUGUAAAAGGGCCCAGAAGGCCACAUGUAAAGCGCUGAGGUGUGAUCAAGAGAGAUUGGUUGUUCGUUUGCGUUCAUCCCAGAGGGAAUUCAAUAUCCACUUUGGGCGAAUAGCGUCAGGAGACACUGUCAUGAAAUCUGGCAGGGAUAGAGACAGAAUUGCCGAUAAAGAGAAGGUGAUUGCUUUUGAGAUGGAGGGCGCGGGCAUUGACGGUAUCAUGCCUUUUCUUGUUAUAAAGGGAGUUUGUGACUAUGCCGACAGCCACAAAAACAAAAUUUGGCAAAAGUACUCCGCUGGUGCAGCAGCCUCGUGCAUGAAGUCACUGCUUGAACAGUGGGCGGUCAUUGAUCAAUUCGAAAAGAGACAUUACCAACCGCGGGACUUCUCACAGGAAUCUCACUGCCAUAUCCAAGAAACCGCAUCUGAAGCAUGCGCUCUGUCAACUCGCAGAGACGAAGGAUAUCACUCACAAUACAAUCCUGACACCAACAAUGAGAACCUGUUGCAAGGUGAUUUCCACGUCCAAAAUUUAGGUUCCCGCGCUGAUAGCGACAGUCCUGCCAGAAAUCGACUCCAGUUUUAA